CAGAAGCAAUUUUUGGUUAUCUUACUAGCAGAAAUAUUUUGAGUGCCUCGAAGAUGGCAAUAAAAAAUCGCGAUUUUCGUUUGGCGGCUCUGUUAUCUCAAUUAGGCGGAAACGACCAAUUCUUCAAAGAUCGAAUAAAUAAUCAAAUUGAACAUUGGAGUCAAACUGGUUUAGUGAAACUCAUUCCUAAAAACCAUUUGAGACUUUACGAAAUUAUGGCAGGAAAUGUGGAGGCAUCAAGUCAAGGUUUAGACUGGAAACGUGCAUUGAGUAUGCAUUUAUGGUAUGGUCGAUAUCUAGGUGAAGUCUUUGUAGAAUCUUUCAAUGAUUACGAAGCUGUCCGAAAGUCAUCAACGGUACCAAAACCAUGGUAUAAGGAGGAUUUCGAAAAGAAGCCUCCGCUGUCUUGGCCUGAUUCCGAAAAUGAGGACGAAAUAUUUGAUAUACAUUAUCAUCUAUUGAAGCUCUCUGUCGAUAGCACUCAUCCCCUUGACGAUGCAAUACUCCCUCGUUCAAUUACACCUUCGCCACUGGAUUAUCGAGUGACGUGGUUAUUACAUAUCAUGCUCGCGCGUACGCUUAGGAUCCGUGAUUUUAUCGAUCAAGGAUCAAGUGCUGAUCGUGUAACUUUGGAUUUUGUGAUUCAAUUGGAAGUUCUGGGAUUAUGGCAAUGGGCUCUUUUUGUCUCAUUGUUUUUAAAUGAACCUUAUAUUCGGAAAAUAGUUAUAUGUGAACUUUUGAACCGCUUAGUGUCGACAUUGCCGAGUGAUCAAUUAGAAAGUAUUGAAAAAUUUGCUGUUGAUCAAUUAAAGAUUCCCCAUGAAUGGAUUGCUAAGGCAAAAGCACUAUAUUCAAAAUAUAAACAAGAAAUUAUAGAUGAAGC